AUGUCGGCUUACGGUGCAGUGAUUUCUCUGAAAAAUACGAUUCAAUUUAUCGUAGAAUCGCCUCGCCUUUUUGUGAUUCCUACUGGUCGUAUCUUAAGACCGGCCUAUGAGGCUGUGUGUGACCUGCAGACAGUUCUCAAAAAAUUGGAGAAGACCGGGUACAUCAAGAUCAGGACGAAGGUGAAUGCUUUGGAUGAACAAAUCAAAGAGGCUGUGUGGGAUUUUGAAGAUUUACUCGAAUCCCAUAUCUACGAUCAGAUCCUUCCACAAGUCGAGACAGAUCACUUGUCUUUCUAUGGAGAUCUGCAGAGUCACCGAAAGAGUGCUGAAGUGACGAAGAUGGAGGAGGAGGAUAAUGAGGAUGAGGAGGAGUAUAAGGAUGCGGAGGAGGAGGAUAAUGAUAAUGAUGAAGAGGAUGAGGAUGAUGAGGAGUAUAAGGAGGCCGGGGAGGAGUUUAAGGAGGAGGAGCGGGAGGAGGAUAAUGACAAUGAUGAGGAGUAUAUGGAGGCGGAGGAGGAGUAUAAGGAGGGGCGGGAGGAGGAUAAGGAUAAUGAUGAUGCGGAGUAUAAGGAGGCGGAGGAGGAGGAGGAAGAGGAGUACAGGGAGGAUAAAGAGUUGUAUAAUAAGCUGCUAUAUAUGCGACAGUUCAUCCAUCAGAAUCUUCCAAGUCUGAGGCCCAAAGAUCGCUUGGCUUUCUUGGUGGAUCUGCACAGUCUGAAACAAAGUAUUGAUCGAUUUGUCAUUAGAGUGACAGCGAUGGCGGUGGAGUACGAUGUUGCACUGCUGAAUAUGCCUGAGGAAGAAGGCGAACCUAUUUCCUCGAGAAUCGAGUUUGGUGGAAUCGGCUCGUAUAUGGUUGGAUUAACUGAAGAAUUUGAACAAGUCAGGGAUUAUUUUCUUGCAGAAAAAGAAGAGAAUUGCUUUGCAAUUACUGGGAUGGCAGGAAUUGGGAAGACAACUUUGGCUAAGAAAAUAUUUGACGAUCCAUUGAUUCAGGGACAUUUUGAGCUUCGAGCAUGGGUCAAAGUGGGCAGAAAAUGUGAACCGAAUGAUGUAAUACGAGGCGUUCUGGCUCAAGUUGAUCCCAACACUCAAGACCAAAUGCUUACCCAAGGAGACGAUGAUGAUGACCUGAAAUUAGAUGGAGUCCUGGAAGACAUAUUGAAGGAUAAGAAAUGUCUCAUUGUGUUGGAUGAUGUAUGGGAAUGGGACACACAACUAAUGGGUAUCUUGCCAGACAAGAAUGUUCGAAUCAUGCUUACGAGCAGGCUAAGAAUGGAAGAAUCUCCAAGUCAAGUUGUACGCUUGUUGAAUGAAGAAGAAAGUAAGAAAUUACUUUGUGAGAAGGUGUUCGGUGAAGAGGGUUUCCCUCUUAGCCUUGAGAAAAAGGGAGAGAAAAUCGCCGAAAAAUGUGAAGGUCUUCCACUUAUGAUAGUCAUAGUUGCAGAGCUCCUGUCGGAAGAAGACAAGACCCCAGAAUACUGGACUGAGGUAGCUGAAAAACAACAUAAUUCAGUUUUUGUGGAUGCAUAUAAUCAAAUCUCAGAGGUAUUUUUCCCAAGCUAUGACUAUUUACCUCAAUAUUUCAAAAUGCUUUUUCUCUAUAUGGGAUCUAGCCCUCCAUAUUGUGAUAUUAACAUAGCCGAUCUCUUCCGUCGAUUGGGAGCUGAAGGGUUUCUUGAAUCGAUUGGAAAUGAAACUUUGGAAGAAUUUAUAGGCAUUGGCUUGAAAAUUCUUUCUCAAUUGUAUAAUCUUGUUAUUAUACAUGAAUCAAAUGUAGAAUCUUGGUUCUCAAAGAGGGAGUUUCGGGUGCAUUCGUGUUGGCAACACGUGUGUAAGAAAGAAGCUAGUAAGAUCAAGUUUUUGCAUGUUUUACAAAGUUGCGAUGAUGAUAUGAAAGGCCAGCGGCGGUUGUGUGCCCAUCAUAACACUUUAUUUGCCUUCAAACAAGUGUAUGAUUCAAUAAAAAGUACUUGUGCAUCUACUGCCCGCUCUAUCCUUUGUUUGGGUCCUUACCACCAAUAUCCGGUGCCAAUACAUGAUAUGGAUUUCAAGUUGCUCAGGGUAUUUGAUGCUCUUGAAGUCCGAUUUUACCAUAUCCCACUUGAUAUUAUGAAACUAGUCUGUCUAAAUUAUCUUGCCCUAACUUGCAAUGGAGAGAUCCCUAUUUCCAUAUCCAACCUCUUUCACCUUCAAACAUUGACUAUCCAUCCACAUAUAAACAUUAAAAAGCGUGGGGCUCCGUUAUACGUGCCGAUGGUAAUAUGGGACAUGCAAGAGCUACAACAUAUUAGUAUCUCCGGAAGAGACCUACCGACCCCCAAGUCUGAUGCUACUUUGGAAAAACUCUCUAGUCUUUUUGGUGUUAGUGCCAAGAGUUGCAUUAGAGAAAAUCUCAAGAGAAUCCCUAAUUUAAGGAUGUUAGAAAUUAUGAUGGAGUUGAAGCCUUAUGAUGAUGACGAUGAUAUAAACCCAUUGAGUGGAUUGGAAUAUAUCUCAAAGGAACUCCACAAGUUGGUACUACUUUCAUAUAUAUUAACGAACCCUGACAUGAGGUAUCAGUCUAUAGUUCCUCUUUUAAUGUUCCCAUCAAGUCUUGCAGUUUUGGCACUGAGUGGCUUAGGAUGUCCUUGGAAGCACAUGAAUGACAUUGGUUCGCUGCUACCAAAUCUUAGAAACCUCAGGUUACUUCACUAUGCCUUUCAUGGACCAGAAUGGAAUAUUGAAUCAGGGUAUUUUUUGAAACUUGAGACACUUGUUAUUGAAGAUACCGAUUUGGUGCGAUUGAGACCUCAACGUGGAAGCCUCCCAAUGCUUGAACUCCUAAGUAUAAGGCAUUGCUACAAAUUACGACAAGUCGAUUGGACUUGUGAUCCGUCAAAGGUCACAAAGCCUACAAUUGAAUUGGUUGAGUGCAGUCCUUCAGUUGUCGCUUUUUCCGAGCAAUUAAGACCUCACCUUAAUGUUCAUUGCUACUCUUCUUUUUGA